CUCGGCGUAGACGACGCCAGGUUACCCCUGUCACCUCCCUCCCCUCCUCUCUGGGUUAGUGCUCAGCAGGAGUAGGCGCCAUGGCGGUUCUGCUGGAGACCACUUUGGGCGACGUUGUCAUCGACUUGUACACAGAGGAGCGGCCGCGAGCUUGCCUGAAUUUCCUGAAGUUGUGCAAAAUAAAAUAUUAUAAUUAUUGCCUUAUUCACAAUGUACAGAGGGAUUUUAUCAUACAAACUGGUGAUCCUACGGGUACUGGCCGUGGAGGAGAGUCAGUUUUUGGUCAACUGUAUGGAGAUCAGGCAAGCUUUUUUGAGGCGGAGAAGGUGCCAAGAAUUAAGCACAAGAAGAAAGGCACUGUGUCCAUGGUGAACAAUGGCAGUGAUCAGCAUGGAUCUCAGUUUCUUAUUACUACAGGAGAAAAUCUAGAUUACCUUGAUGGUGUUCAUACAGUGUUUGGUGAAGUGACAGAAGGCAUGGACAUAAUUAAGAAAAUUAAUGAGACCUUUGUUGACAAGGAUUUUGUCCCAUAUCAAGAUAUCAGGAUAAAUCAUACAGUGAUUUUAGAUGAUCCAUUUGAUGACCCUCCUGAUUUAUUAAUUCCUGAUCGAUCACCAGAACCCACAAGAGAACAAUUAGAUAGUGGUCGAAUAGGAGCAGAUGAAGAAAUUGAUGACUUCAAAGGAAGAUCAGCUGAAGAAGUAGAAGAAAUAAAGGCAGAAAAAGAGGCCAAAACUCAAGCUAUUCUAUUAGAAAUGGUGGGAGACCUUCCUGAUGCAGAUAUUAAACCACCAGAAAAUGUGCUGUUUGUGUGUAAAUUGAAUCCUGUGACUACUGAUGAGGAUCUGGAAAUAAUAUUCUCAAGAUUUGGCCCAAUAAGAAGUUGUGAAGUUAUCCGAGAUUGGAAAACAGGAGAGUCACUCUGUUACGCUUUCAUUGAAUUUGAGAAGGAAGAAGAUUGUGAGAAAGCAUUCUUCAAAAUGGACAAUGUACUCAUAGAUGACAGGAGAAUCCAUGUGGAUUUUAGCCAGUCUGUUGCAAAGGUUAAGUGGAAAGGAAAAGGUGGGAAAUACACCAAGAGUGAUUUCAAGGAGUAUGAAAAGGAACAGGAAAAACCAUCUAACUUGGUUCUGAAAGAUAAAGUAAAGCCCAAACAGGAUGCAAAAUAUGAUCUUAUACUAGAUGACCAGGCAGAAGACUCAAAAUCAGGUCACUCACACACAAGUAAGAAACACAAGAAAAAAACACGACACUGCUCUGAAGAAAAGGAAGAUGAAGACUACAUGCCAAUCAAAAAUGUUAACCAGGAUAUCUACAGAGAAAUGGGGUUUGGUCACUAUGAAGAAGAAGAAAGCUCUUGGGAGAAACACAAGAGUGAAAAGAGAGACCGACCUCAAAACCGGAGUCGUAGUCGGUCUCGGGAAAGAGACGGGCACUACAGUAAUAGUCACAAAUCCAGGUACCAGGCAGACGCGUACGACAGAGAGAGGAGUAAGAAGAGAGACCGAAGCAGAAGCCCAAAGAAAUCCAAAGAUAAAUCUAAGUACAGAUAAGAGAUGAAUUGGGAAUGAGUGGUUAACAUAUUUAUUCCUGCCUAAUUUAGAGGACCAGGAGAGCAGAUGUUUAGGUUUUGUGUCAGAGAAGUUAAAGACUCUACUUGUUAUUUUUUUUAUACUAGGAUUUUAGAUUUAGUCUGAUAAAAUAGGGCACUGAGUGAUCAAGAAUUGAACCUUUUCUGUGUAUACUUUUUUUACACUAAUGUUAUUAUAUAUAAAUGGUAAUAUUCAUUUUCAGGGUUGUUCACAUUUUGACUCUUAUUUUAUUUUUUUGUCCUUUUUUUGAGACAAGGUCUCGCUAUGCAGUUCAGGCUGAUCUUGAGCUCACUUU